CUUCAUUGUCACUGACGCGACAGGGCGAAUAAGAGCUUCAGAGAGGGACGCUCACAUCUUCCACAAUGGUUGUUCUCAAGGGCGCGAUGCUCCCGCCGGGACUUCAGGCGGCGAUUCUCUUAACGUUUUUGUUUUUGAUGGCUGCGCCUGCGUCAGCAAAGCACCUCAUGAAAAAUAAUGGUAGUGUAACACAUCCAGAGGACUUUGCUUUUCAUGAGAUAUCUGAUGGCAAUGGCAGUGAAAAUAUGCAGACGAUGUUGAACUGGCUCGGAAAAGCCUCUGCGCGCCAUGGACGCAUGCGCAGGCAGGCAAACACUGGUCUUAAUUAUACUUCUCCACCCACAUUAAGUUAUGAUGAUGAUGAUUAUGUCACUGAAGGGUCCGGCUAUGUCACAGGCGUAACUCCAUGUAAACAAACAGAGUAUCAGUGCGGAGACGGAACUUGUAUUCUUGAGAGUGAGCGUUGUGAUGGUAUAUAUGAUUGUGCUGAUCAGUCAGAUGAGAGAGAUAACUGCUGUCCUGCUGGUGAAUGGAGAUGCUUGAAUGGCCAGUGUAUCCCAAGUGCAUAUCUUUGUGAUGGCCGCCAGGAUUGCAGUGACCAUUCUGAUGAAACUGUCGAUUGCCCUCCACAAGGUGUUUACCACGUUCGCAUCCAUAUCCUGUAUCCGUAUCCCAAGAGCAACCUAACAGCGGAUGCAUCGCGAGAGAAGUUACGUCUUGCGAAAUGGCUGCUGGAUGGACUUCGAGAAUUCUCGAGCAGAUUUGAAUGGGCAUCAUCUUACACUGUCUUGAACUUGACACCUUCAGGUGAUAAUGGCACAACGGCUCUGGUUGAGGUCAAGUCCACGAGCGUGUUUGAUGUGACAGGCGAUUUCGAGAGCGAAAUCCUUUCUGUCCUUAAAACUGGAACUCUGGAUCGAUUAAAUGUCAAUGAUCAAAACUUCACUCUGAUAAAAUCUUAUGCAUCUGAUCUCUCCCCUGAGUGUGAAUAUGGACCAGAUCUCUGCGAUUCAGAGGGAUGUGUGUUGCUCUGCGAUGGAUUUGCACAGUGUCCGGGAGCGGCUGAUGAAUCAGAGUGCGAUGUUCCAGAUGAGUUGAUGCCAUGUGACGAAGAAGGUAUGUCCCGAUGUCCUGUUGGCGAAGGUUGUGCUCAUUUUUGUGAUGGUGUCCAAGAAUGUGAGUUGGACUCCGAUGAAAAUCCAGACAAUUGUUCUAUGAAUUCAUUUUCGUGGAAGUUCUGCGGUUAUAGUAUGGACAGGUACCGAUGUCCAGAUGGGGAAACUUGUGCAAAUCUUUGUAAUAACUAUACAGAAUGUGGAGACAGUUCUGAUGAAACAGAAGAAGUUUGCUCCUUCCUAAAUUCAGUACGGUGUCCUAAAGAAAUCCGGACAGUUCUGAAUCAGACAUACUCCCUGUCAGCCACUCCCCCGGGGGGAUUUACUUAUGUACAGUGCCCCAACCACAGCCUACCAACGGAAUUAAGUGGGAUAUGGAAAUGUGGAUGGGACUCCGUGUGGGCAGAGAUGCCUGACUUUAGUAACUGUAGAACUCAAUGGAACUUCUUUCUGGCCUCCAAUGAGACGCACCCAAGUAGGGCAGCAGAUAAUCUGACAGCUGCAUCGGUUGCCAUAAAAGAUAAAUUUCUUUUACCUGGUGACAUUUUGGCCAUUGUAAGAGAACUUAAGUCUCUCUACGAACGGCACGCUGACUUGGAUAUUUUUGAAGAGGGCAAAAAUGCACUGAAUUUGAGUGAGAGAUACGUUACUGCCCUCGUCAGUGUCUCGACAGUGUUACUGGACCAGCUGGAGUCGUGGCGGCUCAUGCGCCAAGAGGACGUCAGGUUUUCAUCGAGUGCAUUACAGGAGAGCAUUGUGAAAGCCGCAUUGGCAGAAGCCAGAUUGCUGACCUCAGACGCUGUGAGGAAGUAUCCAGCAGCUAAUGUAGAUUUGCAAAUUGUAAGUCAGCACAAAGAUUACUUUGGGAAGAGAGAAAAUCGUCUUUACAAGAAUGAAUUCUCCGAGGAAGAUCAGCUCCUGUUGCCAGAGGAAUUCUACGAAAAUUACGAGCAGCCUAAAGACCUAGGACUAGAGAAUUCCCCGGGCCUUAAUGAGGACGGUGAACGCAUAGUUGUCGUCUUCAAUUCUUUCCGGAACCUCCAUUGCCUUACAAACAAUGUUCCUUGUGAUCCUCCCAAUGAAGAGGUACCUGAUCUCACUGCGACACACCUGGUCAACAGUCGAAUUAUUGGUGCAACCGUUGGCUUUGGCAGACGGUGGCAGGCAGAUAAAAAUGACUUUGUUGAGUUGAAGUUUAGCCACAUCUAUGAUGGCUUUACUUACGAGUUGGCCAACGUUCGUUGUAAGUGGUGGAACACAGAGAUACACUACUGGUCCUCUAAAGGCUGCACUCUUAAGUCUACGAAUGAGAAGUACAGCAUUUGCCGCUGUGAUCAUCUGACGAAUUUAGCUGUCAUCAUGGACGUAAGAGGCUUGCUGAAGAGAAACCAUAAAUUAUGGAAAGCCCUUGAAUGGAUAACAGUAAUCGGAUGCUCAAUUUCCAUCAUCUGUCUGGCCAUAGGGAUUGUCUGUUUUGCAUUGCUGAAGAUAGCUCGGGAUAAAAAGAAGUCGACUGUUGGAGCAUUGAAAUAUCUGAUCCGGUUAAACCUCUGUAUCUGUCUUAUUUUGGCUGAGCUCAUCCUCUUGACAGGACUAAAUGCCACAAAAAAUAAGAUCCUUUGUGCACUUGUUGCUGCUCUCCUCCAUUACUUCUUCAUCGCUGUUUUUGCUUGGUGUGCCAUUGAAGCUUUCAAUCUGUAUUUAGCUCUUAUGAAGGUUUUUAACUCGGAGAUCUCUCAGAAGCAUUAUGUACUAGCUGGCUAUGGCCUUCCAUUAGUCAUGGUGGCAGGAACACUUGCGAUCACACAGGCUAAUGGUUAUGGAUCCAAACAUGUGUGCUGGUUAGCCCCUAAUGGUCUCAUUUGGAGCUUCGCUGGAACAAUUGCUUUUAUCAUAACAGCAAAUAUAGUGGCCUUUGUUAUGGUAAUGCGUGUUGUAUGGAAUGAACAAACUGUUGGAGCUACAGGAAAAACUGAUAAGUCCAAAUUGCGCAGAUUUAUUGGUUCUGUCUCCAUAUUCCUUACACUAGGACUGACAUGGAUUACUGGAUUUUUGUACGUAACGGAAGCCUCUGUGGGUUUAGCAGUUGCAUUCACUUUGCUUAAUUCUCUCCAAGGAGCCUUUAUCAUAAUAUUUGGAAUCUUUUUGGAAGAAAAUGUCAGGCUAGAACUACUUCAGAUUUUCAUGGAAAAGACCGAGAGACUGAGAGCUUUAAUUGAUAACCAUGCAACAUCAACUGCAGAGAACACUGUCACCACCAGUACAGGGAAUGGCCAACCGACAAAUUCUUCAUCAACAGCAAAUCAAAUAGUAACUUAAAAUUUCAGACCUACUGAUCGCUGAUAUGGUAAUGGGAAAUGAAAAGUUUCCUGUGCCAGAUGCAGAAUGCUUUUAAAAUGAAGGCAUUUGUAAGACUAUUAGAAUUUCUGUGGUAAAUGUAGGUAGUUGACCACUUUUUACAUAUAUUGAAAAUUACAGAAAUACUUUUAUGACAUGAACUAAUUGUCUGGGCUGUUUAUUCAGAUAUGUAGUGUUUUGGCCAGCACUCCACUGACAUUUUCUUUUACAUAUUGACUUCAGAUUCUCCAAAAAUGUUAUUCCAAAAGUAUAGGUGAAUUUUUUUGUCAUAUUCAGAUCUCUCUCUCUCUCUCUCGUUAUCAAAAUAUUGUAUAUACUAGUAGGUAUUCAAACAACAGGUGACUGAAGUCUAAAGCAAGAAAGAACAUAACCAAGAGCCUGUUUACUACAGUACUUUUUUCAUUAUUCAAUAUUGUCACUUUAAUUAAAAAUAAUUAAUUAAACAGGACCAUGGAAAGGAUAAGAUGGUAACAAAAUAUACACUUUAUUAAAUAAGUAACAUAACAAAAAAUUACUGUACUGACACAAUAAUAAGUGGUGAGCACUGGUGGCAACUGAA